GACAGUUGCAUCUUGCAACUCGAAUUCAACUUUUUAUUUUCAUUUAUGUUACGUUGAAUGACUUUGAAACAUAAGAAGAUGGACGGACUGACCAGCACAAAUCAGGCCGGCGACGACACACGGUCGUCUGACGGACCCGCUCCCGCGUCAAGUUCCGGUAGUUCGAAUGUUCCGGUGAUUUUGGGAAACUGUGCCAGUGGUAGUUCGAGUGCAAGACAAUCUCCCAAAGUGUGCGUUACCCCAUCGCAGAUUCUUCUGCAGAGGAACUCGCUAUCUCCGUCUGUGCCAAGAAAAGUCAUGAGCAAGAACAACAACAAUACAAUUUUCCCCACUUCAUACCCUAGUAACCAGGCCGAACUGCAACUGUACAGGGUGAUGCAGAAUGCAUCGUUACUCCUGUACUACGAUACUCUUCUAGAAAUGGGCGGUGAUGACGUUCAACAACUUUGCGAUGCCGGAGAGGAAGAAUUCUUGGAAAUAAUGUCUUUGGUGGGUAUGGCGUCGAAACCCUUGCACGUUAGGAGGCUACAAAAGUCGUUGCAAGAGUGGGUGACGAACCCCGCGAAAUUUAAAAUACCUCUCCUACCAGGAGAAGAUUUCGAACUAGAACUGUCUAGUCCUAGAGUAACGAGUAAUCACGUGUUUUAUGCUGACAGUGGUGAUAGCAGUAGAACGAUGUAUUCUCCUUCUCCUGCUGAUCUAUGUGCCUUACCUCCCGUUUCUAGCCCUGGAUUAUCACUUAGUAAUAAAAGGCCUUACUCCCCUCUAGAUCCAGCGUGUCCUCCAUCUUCCAGCUCGAGCCCGAGUGGUAGUAUGUCUGUGCAACUGUCUCCAAGUCUGAUGGAAAGCCAAAUAGUCAAACUAGCUGCAGCUGCCGAAAGGCUCAGCAAGCAAUUACCGCAGUUCGAACCAAAGCCUCACAACACAAAGAAAAAAGUUUGCAAAGAACUAGAACUAGUGAUUUCCAUGCCUGAGAACGAUCCUCGCAGGAUGGACGAGAUAAGAAGGUACGCAGCUAUUUAUGGCAGGUUCGACUGUAAGCGAAAGCCUGAGAAACCUUUGACUUUGCACGAGGUUUCUGUGAAUGAAGCAGCGGCACAGAUCUGCAGGUUUAUACCAGCCCUCUUGACAAGGAGAGAUGAGUUGUUCCCGCUAGCUAGACAGGUGGUGAAAGACUCUGGAUGCUAUUAUUCCAAGACGCAGUUAUCAACUGUCUACAUGAACAAACACAUCAACAUGGGCCAUGAUCGGGAAGGCGAAAACAAUAUAUCUGCCAGAGCAAGUCCACGAAUAACAGCAUCCGAAUGCGAGGGACCUGCGUUGAAGAGGCCCAAGCUGGAGUCCAACUCAGAUUGCGAUGACCGGCAG